UCGCGCGCCGGAAGUGCCGGUGUUUUUGCUUCCCCGCAGACGGAACUCCCCGGGAGCUUCCCGUUCUCCUGCUGCCUUCUCCUUCUUCUUCUCCGUCUCCUCCUGGGGCGGUGUCGGUGGGCCCCGCGGGGCGGUUUCCAGAUGCAUGGAUGUCACCUGAGUGUCCUUACAAGAGCUUAAAUUGUAUGUAACUUUACCCUAAACAUGAGUGGCUCCAAACCUGACAUUCUGUGGGCCCCGCACCACGUUGACAGGUUUGUUGUGUGCGAUUCGGAGUUGAGCCUGUACCACAUCGACGCGGCUGUCAGCUCGGAGCUCAAGGCAGGCUCCUUGCGCUUAUCGGAGGAAACCACAGCCACCCUCCUGUCAAUAAAUUCGGAUACACCGUAUAUGAAAUGCGUGGCCUGGUAUCCAAAGUACGAUCCCGAAUGUCUCCUCGCCGUCGGCCAGGCCAACGGUCGAGUGGUACUGACCAGCCUGGGUCAAGACCACAACUCGAAAUGUAAAGAUUUGAUAGGCAAAGAGUUUGUUCCCAAACACGCGCGGCAGUGCAAUACCCUGGCCUGGAACCCACUGGAUAGCAACUGGCUCGCUGCUGGCUUGGACAAGCAUCGGGCUGACUUUUCGGUAUUGAUCUGGGAUAUCAGUAGCAAAUAUGCCCCAGAGACUGCAGUUGCUACAGAGAAGGUGAGACUUUCGGCAGGAGAUCCUGAGGUGGGACUGGUGGUAACGAAGCCGCUGUACGAGUUGGGACAGAACGAUGCUUGUCUCUCUCUCUGUUGGCUUCCACGGGAUCAGAAGCUGCUCUUGGCUGGAAUGCAUCGAAACCUGGCGAUCUUUGACCUGAGGAACACGAGCCAAAAGAUAUUUGUGAACACCAAGGCUGUCCAAGGAGUGACUGUCGAUCCCUAUUUCCACGAUCGUGUAGCUUCCUUCUAUGAAGGUCAGGUUGCCAUAUGGGAUCUGAGAAAGUUUGAGAAGCCGGUUUUGACCUUGACGGAGCAACCGAAACCCUUAACAAAAGUGGCGUGGUGUCCCACGCGCACUGGGCUGCUGGCCACUUUGACCAGGGACAGCAACAUCAUCAGGCUGUACGACAUGCAGCACACCCCCACCCCCAUCGGGGACGAGACCGAGCCCACCAUCAUCGAACGCAGCGUCCAACCCUGCGACAACUACAUCGCGUCGUUCGCCUGGCAUCCCACCAGUCAGAAUCGGAUGGUGGUGGUGACCCCCAACAGGACUAUGUCCGACUUCACGGUUUUUGAAAGAAUUUCUCUGGCCUGGAGUCCGGUGACGUCCUUAAUGUGGGCUUGUGGGCGACACUUGUACGAGUGCACGGAGGAAGGAAAAGCCAGUUCCUUGGAAAAAGACAUAGCGACCAAAAUGCGGCUCAGAGCUUUGUCAAGGUAUGGGCUGGAUACUGAGCAGGUUUGGAGAAAUCACCUCUUAGCUGGAAACGAAGAUCCUCAGCUGAAAUCCCUUUGGUACACUCUGCAUUUUAUGAAGCAGUAUACUGAAGAUAUGGAUCAAAAACUUACAGGAAACAAAGGUCCCUUAGUUUAUGCUGGCAUUAAAUCAAUUGUGAAGUCAUCUUUGGGAACAACAGAGAACCUCAGGCACAGCAGGAGCGGGUCGGAUAGACAGGCAGAUAUUAUUCAGUACCUGAGUGAGGAGAGAUCCUUGGCUUUGCAGCUCUGUGGGUGGAUAAAGAAGGGAACUGACUUAGACGUGGAACCUUUUUUAAAUUCGUUGGAGCAGGAGGGAGACUGGGAGCGAGCUGCUGCCGUGGCGCUUUUCAACUUGGACAUACGGCGAGCGAUACAGAUUCUAAAUAAAGGGGCUUCCUCAGGAAAAGGUGAUUUGAACCUCAAUGUAGUAGCGAUGGCUCUAUCGGGCUACACGGACGAGAAGAACUCCCUCUGGAGAGAAAUGUGCAGUACUCUGAGGCUGCAGCUGAACAACCCCUACUUGUGUGCUAUGUUUGCUUUCCUGACAAGUGAGUCUGGGUCAUACGAUGGUGUUUUGUAUGAAAACAACGUGGCUGUACGAGACAGGGUGGCGUUUGCUUGCAAGUUCCUCAACGAUGCUCAGCUGAACAGGUUUAUUGAGAAGCUGACGAACGAAAUGAAGGAUGCUGGGAAUUUGGAGGGAAUACUGUUAACGGGGCUGACCAAGGAUGGAGUUGACUUGAUGGAGAGUUAUGUGGACAGAACCGGGGACGUGCAGACAGCAAGUUAUUGCAUGCUGCAGGGUUCUCCAUCAGACGUACUUAAGGAUGAGAGGGUUCAGUACUGGAUCGAGAACUACAGGAAUCUUUUAGAUGCUUGGAGAUUUUGGCAUAAACGGGCAGAAUUUGAUAUCCACAGGAGUAAGCUGGAUCCCAGCUCAAAACCUUUAGCUCAGGUGUUUGUGAGUUGCAAUUUCUGUGGAAAAUCGAUAUCCUACAGCUGCUCAGCCAUUCCUCACCAGGGGAGAGGCUUCAGCCAGUAUGGCGUUAGCGGGUCACCCACUAAGUCAAAAGUGACAAGCUGUCCUGGCUGCCGCAAACCCCUUCCCCGCUGCGCACUCUGCCUCAUCAACAUGGGAACCCCCGUUUCCAGCUGCCCAGGAGGAUCCAAGUCGGAUGAAAAGGUGGAUCUCAGCAAAGACAAGAAGCUGGCCCAGUUCAACAACUGGUUUACUUGGUGUCACAACUGCAGGCACGGGGGACACGCCGGGCACAUGCUGAGCUGGUUCAGAGACCACACUGAGUGCCCGGUGUCUGCCUGCUCGUGUAAGUGCAUGCAGCUGGAUACCACAGGGAACCUCAUCCCAGCAGAGACUGUCCAGGCCUAAAUCUCGUUUGAAAACGUGGGGCUCUCUAAGGGUGUCCAGCAGAGCCCAAGCAGAUAUUUUAGACAAAGGUCAUUUGUGACUUAGUGACUGUGAAAAAAAAUAAAUUGCUAUCAGAUUAGCAAAACGAUGGGUGUACGGCUGUGCUUGGUAGAAACAGGGAUUCCUGACAGGAGCCUCCAGGCUGUAGUUUGUGGUCCUUGUUCUGAGGACUGAGGCAGUUCUGUUCAAAAGCCCUCCGCAAACUGUGGACGCUUUGGAUUUGCUAAAAUCCAAAGGACUUUAAUUAAAAGUUUUCAGGGUAACGCUGAUCAGCCCUUUCAUUUGUUUUCCAAAGAAUGCUGUGAAAGUGGGCCUUCAGAGCACACACCUGUAAGUGUUCUUCAGAAGCCCACGCAGUGAUGCUGUGGGUUCCUCUGUUUGUGGUUUGAUCACGCUUUCUUGUACGCAAACCGUCGUUUCCUUCCAAGUGCCACUGUUAAUUGUCUUCUACAGAUUUUUUUAUUUUAAAGAAAAAUCCAUUUCUUCCCAUCCCCAGGUUUUGUUAAUAGUAAAGCAGUACCUUUGCAAUUCAAGGUCUUAUUUAUCUGUGCACCUGGCUGAUGUGAAUUUUCAUGCUAAAGGAUUUGGGGGGGGUUUGUCUCAUCAUGAUGCCUACACCCUAGAGAAGAUUUCCCUGCAAACCCUUGUGUUUUGAGUGCAGGGAAACUAUAGGAGGGUUCAUUUGAUUGAUUAAUUUUUCACGUAGUGCUGUGAAGACCUGAAAUCUCAAGGACCGGGGGCUUGUAAAUAUUUAAAGUUUUCAACUACGCGCUGAGUUUUGACUACAAAAAUAUUUGAAGACUUUUGGAUAAUCAGCAUCUCCCUGUACUUGUGAAAUCAACCUCCAUAAAUCCUCGUGGACACCACACUGCUCCCAAAAGGCUGCUCAAGGUUAGGUCAUUGACCAGAAGUACUUCUAGAAACGUUACCAGUUGGAAUUAAGAUUAUUUCUUGAUUUGAGAGAGAGUCAAUGAUGUUUUGCUCAUACUGUGCCAGGAGCUGGUGGGUGGUGGUGUCCUUGAUGUUUGUAGGCAACAAAAUUCACACAAGUUAGGGGGAAAACCCCACCUGUUUUAAGGUCUGUGAUAAGAACAUCAGUUUACUUGGUGUGUGUUUAUUUACUGGUAGAAACAGGAUGAGUUCCUUACCGCUUGCGUGCUAUGAAAUGCUCAAUGGAAUGCUAGCAAUAAACUGGUGCUGGAGUGCCAGGACUGUGAAAAUUGGUGUUUUAAAAGAGAAUACAUUGUAAUGCUCCACGGCUCUAAUUCCUGGGUGUAGUUCCAACAAGAUAGAAUGUGGGAGCAUUUUCUGUAGAUGUACAUGAAUUGCAUUCAGUUCUGGUUAUAUUUUCUGACUUAAUGUUAUAAUACAUCUCCUACAUUUAUUCUCAUCUAAAAUUCUUGCCUAAUUUAGAAAGAACUUUAAGUGAAAAAUCUAAGAGGUACUUGAUGUUUGUAGGCAUGGGAGAGCAGUUACUUUUAGGUUUUUUUCUUGUUAAGAAUAUUUAUUUCUUUUUCUGGUAUUUUUGCACACUUUAUGUUGCUGUUGAAGAGCUCUUCAAAACUUAUAAACUGGGGUUUAAUGUAUGAUACUCUAUUUAUAUAAAUACAGGCAAUAAAACUUUUGCUUUAUGGAAAUGAGGAUUUGUAAGUGUCAAGGAUGUGUUUUUAUUCCUCUGUAACAAUGUUUAGCAAACUUUCCCGUUCAGGUGAAUGCAACUACUAACUUUCACUGUCUCAUUCUCUUACGGAAUUGCAUUUAUAAUGUUUUUGACUCGACUAUACCUGUUUUGUGUCAAAUUCUAUCAUGUCAUUAAAUUAGAUGCUUACUUUGAUACUCUGCA